AUGGUGCUGCUGUGCUCAACGCCGCCAGCUCCGCUGCCUGUGGACGUGGCUGCGACUCGCCCGUUGGUGCAAGAGGUGACCACGUCUGCUGCUGCUCGAGAGCAUGUUCGUGCUUUGGCGGGGACCACGUACGGACGCUGUGUGCUUGGACUCGCGGGGUUCCUGACGAUUGCGACGGACCAUCUGGCUGCGUUUGUUAAGCGCAUGAACCGAGAUGUGAGCGAGGACGACCUCAAGGUUGUACGUGAGAUUCUGCUACUGGUUGCCGAGACGGUUGUCGAUGAGGACAAUGCUACGUUUAUCGCGCGUAUUGGAGCUCACCCAUUGCUGAUGCGGCUUAUGGAGCACGACAACGAAGAAAUCCAGGAGGCUGCAGCAGAGGUCGUCACAGCGUGUACGAGCAGUCCAUUAGCUAUCACGUUCCCACACCGUGUGCGUCAGAUUGGAGAAGUGGAGCGUGUGUGGCCGCGUGCAGUGCCUCUGCCUUUCGACCCCCGCGACAAUGCUCCCAAAAGUGCCGACGGCAGUCAGAGCACCCUUAAUGUGCUUAUUCGUCAGGUGCCAACGCGAAUGACUGGCCAGAGGAAGACGGGAUAUCUUCUGUGGGGUGCUGCUUUUGUUCUCGCACGCUGGAUACAUAAACAUCGCGACCUGUUCGUGGGUAAGAGCGUGCUAGAAGUGGGCAGCGGCCUUGGACUUGGAGGCAUCACAGCAUCUCGAUACGCGACGAACACGACGCUCACCGACUACCAGUCAGAUACUUGCACGGCGCUCGAGUACAAUGUUCAACUCAACAAACCAUUUACGCACGAAUUCGACCCCUCGAAGCCUGAAGUGAAAGUUUCUCUGCUGGAUUGGGACCUCACUGAAAGUAUUGAGGCUGUGCCCAAGGCUCAAGUUGUGAUUGCCAGCGAUAUAAUCUGCGAACCGAGCACAGCUGAAGGAUUUCUGCGCGUGGUGCGCCACCACGUACUGGGCAGCCCCAACGGCGUGGCAUACCUGAUGAAUGCCAACAGCCACAGUCGCUUUGGCGUCAUCCAUCUGCACGCGCUUCUAGCCGCGAGUUCCGAUCUCUCGUACACCAUUACACCAGUGAGCGAACUUCCGGACGGCGCUGAGCUUCUCGAAACAGUCAGCGAUGCACAAGAGUUGUCUUACGAGUUCUACGAGAUCCGUGCUGCGUCCUAG